AUGGAGGAUUCCAAGGCGCUCUCUGAUGAUACUGGGAAAGUACAAUUGGUGCCAGGUUUAUCGGAAGACGUCAUCAGUGUCGGUAAAAAAACAAGAGACUCUCGGACACUAUGCAGGAACCUGAAGAAAAACAAGCCUUGUCCUAUUAAGUACUGCCAGAGAUGCCUCUUAAACAGAUAUGGAGAGAAAGCCGAAGAGGUGGCACAGUUGGAGGAUUGGAAGUGCCCUAAGUGCAGAGGGAUUUGCAAUUGCAGUUUUUGCAGGAAGAAAAUAGGUUGUGCACCUACUGGUAUUCUGGUGCACAAGGCCAAGGCAACUGGAUUUUCUUCUGUUUCAGAAAUGCUGCAAGUUAUGGAUCCUGACAAUAGUGUUAAGAAUGUAAAGGAAAUGGUUGCUUAUCCAAAAAAAGCCUGCUACCCCGAGCAAGGAGUCUGUGGUUGUUUCCCCAGUAACCUAAAAGGGCCGUGUAUCACCAAUGAAUUAUCUAAUAAUGAGGCAAAACCAGAACAAGAGGAUGGUGAUAUCAUACAAGAGAAGAGUUCUGGGACAGGAUCAUCCCAGAAAGUGUCUUCUGAUUCCAUUGAAAUAGGAGAAAACGGAGAAGGAGAUAGCACAAUCUGCCAAAAUAUGGGAGGUUUAGAUAAUGCAGGAGCCAAGCGCUAUAAAGUCGUCAAAUCACAUACGGUUAAGAACCCUUUGAAAUUUCAGGACAGAGCAUUUGAUGUUGAUGUUCAAUUUCCUCAGGACACCUGGUUAACUACUGUAACUGGCAUUGAGUUGCCUCCUGAAGAUGUUGGGGAUGCACUGCAAUUCUUAGAAUUCUGUGCAGCUUUUGGAAAGGAUUUGAUCACUUACCAAACAAGACACGGGCUGCAUCCUUGA